AUGUUGUCGUUUCGCUUUAUUUAAGACAUUUAUGCCUUGUUUUGGAUGGUUUUAGAUAGUUUGCGAGCGGCUGUAGAUGUUUUUGAGGUGGUUGUAGGUCGUUGUUGAAAUUUUUGAGAUGGUUGUAGAUAGUUGUAGGUGGUUGUAGGUGGUUUUAGGUAGUUUUAGGUCGUUCCAUGUUUUAGUACUUGCCUGUCCUAUCCAACCAUCUCGAUCCCCAUUUGUGCUAUUAGUGUCCAAUCCUUCUCUGAGUGAACCUUGAAAAAGUCUCCAAACAUGCGAGUUGCAGUUGUGAGUAGUGAUUCUUUUUAACUCUUUAUAUAAGGAAAUCUUUUCGGCAAUUCAGUUUGAUUCGUUAAGUUCAAAGCCUUCUCGAGAAUCUCAUUUUUGUUGAUAGUAUUCUAAACUACAAAACAUGGAGUUUCAUUCAAUCUGCAGGUUACAGGUGCUAACAAGGGAAUAGGAUUUGCUAUAGUCAAAAAGUUGUGUAAAGAAUUUUCUGGAACUGUUAUUUUAACAGGUGAUCAGUUCUUCUUAAUAUAACCUUAACCUAAACAAAAUAAUAAUUUCUUGACCUUUUCACUCCCAAGAUCUAAUUUUUAGUAAUUCUCCUUACUGUCGGCCAUACAAUUCCUAUAAUGUUCGUUUGGAGGACGUGGUAUUGGAUCGACUAACAAUCCCUUAGGUGAUAUUGUAAGGAGAAAGUCUCUCUUGGUCAUUCAUGGGAGUGAAAAGGGUUAAUUAGGGAAUGGAAAGUAAAUAAUGGGCACUUUUCAUUUGGGUGGUUCCUAAACAUUCUUUUGGCUUUUGCACAACUGCAUUAUACUCUGUAAAUCCAGAUGAGGGGCAACAUUGCCCACAGAGAAAAAAAAUUAUAGGUCCACUGGUUUUCUGUUAUCUGAUGGUUUUUAGGGGUGAUCAGUCCACAGGACACCCAGCUCACGUACUGGAGGCUGAGGAUUCUCCUGUAUGGACAUUUUUUUAAGAUUUACUGCCGGGGGGAGGAGGGGGGGCAUAUGUGUGACAUGCUGAGGCUGGUGCUAAGGAGAUAAUAGGAUGAGGGAAAGUUUGUUGUUUGGUCUCAUUCAUGAGACUCCUUAUACUUGGUAACACCUGAUGUGGAUCAGAGUAGCAGCCCAAUCUGAUGCAUACAGUACUUCACUUUAACAAGAUUGCCAGCCAAAAAUCAGAAACCUAAUUUUUAGGUCAAUCUAUAAUCCUUACCUGCAGAAGGUUUUGUAUCAUUUUGACUGUCUGCGAACUUUGCUUUUAGCAAGGGAUGAACAAAGAGGACUGGAAGCUGUCAAACAACUAAGCACUGAAGGUGCUUCACCUGUAUUUCAUCAGUUGGAUAUUGUUUCACCAGAAAGCAUUGAGAGGAUAAAGAAACAUCUCAUGGAGCAAUAUGGUGGAUUGGAUCUUCUUGUAAAUAAUGCCGGGAUAGCUUUUAAGGUGGGUUGAAACAAGCAUUAACCCUAAAACUCCUACAAAUGAUCAAGACAGAAUUUUUCCUUCCCAUAUCAAUAGAAUAUCAAGUGGACAAGUGAUGAGAAAUAAAGGAAAAUAUUAUAACUUAUAAGUAAAUUAUAAGUUGAUCAAAUACCAAAUUCUCUGAAGAAAAAUCAUAAGAAUUGUAUGGUAUACAGUAGGGAGAAUUACUAAUGAGAUCUUAGGAGUGAUAGGGUUAGGUUGUGAGAGGAAAUACUUGAGAAUCAAGCUCAGAAUUAUUGUGUAUUACAUAUAUUUCAGCAUUGGUGCCUGUAAAGCAUCUAUACCCAAGGACAUAUCAUAAGCUUGGUAUUAAGCUAUAAUGCUAGAUGUUAAAUUCCCUUUACACCCUAAUAUUCUACAGUAUUGACAUGGAGAAUUUGUUUUAUGAUCUAGAGCCCCUUUCAUAAGUGAUCAUUACCUUUAUUCUCAUGACCUAAAUGCUUGAUUAAGUAGUAGCUCUCUAAGGAGAAAUAAGAUGUUAAUCACUCUGAGGGAUAAAAGGGUUAUCCUAUGUCCCUACAUCAACUGUUAAAAAACUGAUGUCCCUCUUAGAUAAAUCUACUGAAAAGUGAAGUAUUGAUAUUUGUUUUUUUUGUUUUUGAAUAUUAAUUAGCGGGCAUCCACAGUUCCUUUCCCAGAACAAGCUGAAGUGACUAUCCAGACAAACUUUCAUGGUACGCUUAAUGUGUGCAGAGCACUGUUACCAAUUUUAAAACCACAUGCAAGGUUAGUAAGGAUCAUAAGCUCCCAUGCAGAAAGGAAACCAAGGGUGUUUUGCUUGGUUGGUUUUAAAGAUACAUUUAUCAAAUUAUUUACUGCUGUUAGCCUCCUUUAACCUCUAUCAAACAACAGAAUAAGACAACUUGCAUCUUUCAAUAUAGCAUGUCACUCCAGAAAAUUCUACGCUCUAUUUGAAUAAUUAUCUACUUAGACACAUCAUGCUUUUGAAAUUGCUGAUCCCAGUUAAGUAUGUUGGGUGCGCUCAAACAUGAAGUUAAGAAUGGCCAUUGCUUGCCAUAGAGGAGGGAGAGGGAGGGGGUGUUACAUUUUUUUACCACAAGAAAUUGGGACAGGGCAUAGAAAGACUGCACUUGAUAGAAAAGAGAUUGCACCAGCCCUCCCCUCCCCUCCCCCCCCCUUUAUAUCUAACAGUUUGUCCCCAUUGUAAAUAUUGAAAAUUAUCCUUCAUUGUGUACUGUCAAUCACGUGUCAGUAAAUGUUAAGUUACUUCCAGGUCUUUCAGCAUUGUCAAUACUAAAGGUAUCUUUGCUUUGAUUUUCCAGAUUGGUGAAUAUUUCCUCCCAUUUAGGAGGUUUGGCUCAACUAUCAGAAGACCUUCAGAAGAAGUUCUCUUCUCCAACAUUAACUGAAGAAAAUCUUGCUAAUUUGAUGGAUCAGUUUGUUAAGUAAGUUCUUGAUCAAUGGAUCUAUUAAUUUGCUUUAUCAAACAAGAACUUAAAGUGAAUGCGCUAUAUGUUAACCAUUGUGUUCUCAAUUUGUAUACUGUAACAAAAGUUAACUGUGAUAAAAUGUUUCUUUACUUUGGUAAUUAAAAUCUGGCUUUUAGCUUUUUGUCCAUAAUGGCAUGUACUCAACAAGCAAAUGUUGUUGAUAAGAAUUAGAAUUCAUUUGAAUUAAGGAAUACAAUUUUGCAAGUGUUACAAAUGGCAAACAUGGUCACGACAAGCAGAAUAAAAUCUAUAUAUUACCACAGGACAUUUGUUUCUUGUAGUGAAUAUUUCUCUUUUUUUCCACAAUAUAUUUCCAGAGAUGCCAAGGAUGGUACACACUCACAGAAGGGAUGGUUAACCUCUGGUAAAAUAAACUCUUAAACAGUAUUUUAAGUCUCUAUGUAAUAAUUGAUAACAACUGGGCAUUCCUGAAUCCAAUUUUCUUUCUGCCUUCCAGCCUAUGGAAUGUCCCAUAUAGGAAUAAUUGCUUUAACCAAGAUUCUAGCAAGGAAUACAUUACAAGAUUCUAGAGAGGACAUUCUUAUCAAUGCUGUAAGUGAUUUGAAAUACAAUCAUCAUCAUCAUCAUGUAAUUUGCAAUUGACAAUUAAUUUACAGACAUCUUAAUUUAAAAUGUUUAUUUCCUUUGUCAAUUCCUGUGUCUUUUUCAUAAUCGACUUGGUGUGACCUUCCACUCCCCCCAUCCUGACAAUGACAACCACAUAGUUUUAACCCUUUACAAAUUAUCUAUAUUCUCCAAACUGUUCUCUAUACAUUCCCUUUGGUGAUGACAAGGGGAAUUUUGUAAAUAAUCUAAGAUUUUCAAUUAUUUCUUUUAUUCUCAUGAUCUUAAUGAAGAUUCAGCAGUAUUGCUGCAAGGCAAAGUCAGAUGCUGAUUUCUUUGAGGUUCUAAAGGCUAAUAUAAGAUAGUUUACAAAUGAUUGUGGCAGGAAAAAUUAAAAUUAAUGAAAAUUAAAUUGAAUGUUUGCUAUGUUAAUUGUUGAGGUUGGGAUGGAUGCCUGAAGUUAGUAAAACGAAAUCAAUGGGAACAUUUUACACAUUUACAUAUAAAGGACACAUGAAAUUGACAGUUGUUGUCCUGGAUAUAAACUCAGUGUUGAUUUUUUAUGAAGUUAUACUAUAGUAGUGUUGAAAUGAUUUUCAGUUUCCUUGCAGUGUUUUUUUUUUGUGUGUGAGCUUUUGUUACCUUUUGUUCUUUAACCCUUUAACUCACAUCAGUGACCAAGACAGAAUUUCUCAUUACAGUAUCAAAACAAUAUCAAACAGUUUAGUGAUGAGAAUAAAGACAAAUAUAAUCCAGGAGAUUUUUAGUUGACCCAAUACCAAAUUCUCUGAAUCACCAAGAUCUUCCAGUGAGAGGGUUAAGUUGUUGACAUCAGUGAGGUUUGUGCUCAUCAAUUUCUAAAAAAUGUUUUUUUGUUAUUCUGCAGUGUGAUCCUGGCUGGGUACGCACAGACAUGGCUGGACCAAAAGCAACAAAAUCUCCCAAGGAAGGUACAACUGAAUUUUUAUUUUCCCCACAUCUACCUCCUCUAGUUAUCUUACAUGUGUAGUUUGAGUACUUUUUUCAUGCCCUCACUUGUUGAAAUUGAAGGUGAUCUAUGCCUUUUUUUCAUUUACAUCACAAACAAACAAUCCUUUGGGAAUUAAUUUCACCACCAACUGAAAGUUUUUCAUGCUUACUGUGUUGAAUGAUAAUGCUUUUCCAUUGAUAAAAUAAUUCAACCAUUAUCCAUAAUUGAUUUGUUUUUAAGGUGCAGAGACUCCAGUUUAUGCUGCUUUGCUUCCAAUAAAUGUUGGCAAACCACAUGGUGAAUUCCUCAAAGAAAAAAUGAUUCAGGAAUGGGAGGUGAUGUCAACAAGAUCUCAUGCCUCAGAAGCUGAGGAGAGACUCAAGAAGGAACAAAAAUAGUUCUUAGCUCUUGACAUCUCAUGAUAAAACUUUUUCCUUUGGCUCACUUGUUACUUUAGUACAGAUGAAGAGUAUCAUCAGUAAAAUUAGUUUGGGAUGUUGUGGUAAUUCAAUCAACUCGUGAAGAUAAAAGUGACUGUUUGUCUGAGUGAUGGUGAUGAAUAGAUGGGGGAGGAGGUUACUUUAUUUACGAAAGAAGUACCACUGUUUCUCAGCCCCAGCAUGGUAUCUGUUGUGAAAAUAAAGGUCACAAGCCCUAUGAAAACAUAGUGGCAGAGAUUUUGUAAAAAGAGGGACUCUCAGAGAUGGAUGCAUGAGAGGAGUUGUGUCCAGUUACUAAAGAUAGGGGCAGAUGGGAGGGGACGCAUGGGAGCUUUGUGGACAACUGACCACAAAGAUGGAAGAUUGAAAGGAUUUGAUGG